AUGAAAGCUAAUGACACCAGUUUAGGAUUCGAAGGUGUCCUCAGGCAGAAAGAUGUGGAACAAGCUUUGAUCUUGGAGGAAAAAAUGGCCUUGCAACUCAGGUUGUUGGCCGCAGCUGGGAUGCCUACUUUGCCUGAGCCGCCAUCGUACUGUCACCUGGUUACUGAUGACAUGGACCUACAACAUAUGUGGAAAGAAGUACUGUCUGCUGUCAGGAAAGUAAACCAGUUGGCCAGCUCUCUGUACGCAUCGGGCACUAACCUGUCCAGGAGUGUUAGUUCUGUUGGGGAACACCAGAGUGAGACAUAUGUGUCUCCUACACUGCCCAAGCGAGCGGAGACCUUCGGUGGCUUUGACAACGCCAAUAAAGACCCUGGCGCACUCAAUAAAGGAUUGUUUAAGAAACAGCACCAGCAACAGAUGCAACAGUUGCAACAAAUACAGCAACAGCAGACGCAACAGUUGCAGAACCAGUUACAACUCCAGGCCCAACAGCUCCAACAGCAGGCGAUACAUCAGCAAGUGGUACAACAGCAAUGUCACUCACAGUCGGGCAGCAGAGAACCUUCAGUCAGUUCCAGUCCAGUACUGACACCAGACACUGGUAAAAGCUCUCCUAAACUGUCUUUGGUGCUACAGGAGCCCUGGCUAGGCUACAACAGUGACUUGCCAGCCCUGCUCAGUCUAGGACAUCAGCAACAGUUGGUAGCCCUGCAGUUGUCUCACCAUGUGUACACUCUCAGCUGUAUCAUAUCUCAGCAGAUGACGUCCAUUGACAGUUUACAGGCACAGCUGGCUGCGUGCAAGGCUCAGUUGUCUGGUGAGGAGACGAGGGAGAGAGAGAGACGGCCUGUGUACAGACACAACCAGCAGCUGGAGGAGUUGAGGAACCUACAAGACAAGCUGACACAGGAGAAGGAGGCUUGGCAGAGAGACCGAGAGACUGAGGAGAGGGACUUGGAGGACAGGAGAGAACAGCUGUUGAGGCUACAGGAGCAAGUGAGAUCAGAGCAGGCUGACGUGACACAACAGCGAGAACAGCUCUACCGCAGAUUAGAGAUGUUGACCAGUCAGGGUAUCUUGAUAUCACCCAACCUGUCUGUGGUGACCAGUCCCCCACCUUCAGGGGAGGACCACAGCCCCAUGACACCUGACGGGGGUGACCUGACACCCACACUGGCCUCUGACCCGCCCCGCCGCAAGGCGGACACUGCUAAGUGGAAACAGCAACACAAGGACAAGGCCAGCACGCUGCCACUCAACCUUAUCAGUGCUACCAACCAACAGAAGGUCGCUACCAAUGUACAAAUAAAGCAGCAGUUGCCGCUCAAGUUGGCUACCAAGCUGGGCAGUGGCAGCAGCAAUACACUACCUCCUGGUGUGGGGGGACCUCAGCAGAUGUUGCCUCUCAAGCUGAGCUCAGGUGUGGGGGAGAGGCGGAGUGGGGGUGGCUACCAGAGACUCAACAGUCCUCCUGACCAGCCUCCACAACACUCUCACACCAGACAUGGCUCUAGUCCUGCUAUGAUGCAGAAUGUCCAGAGUGGUGAGGGCAGGACGGGCAACAAAGCAGGUCGCACCAACACCUACCCCAAGCUGCCGGAGAGGUUUAGAGUAAGGAGUCCUGAGACUCAGCCUCAGCCACCACCCUCCGAGGAAGAGGUUAUCUUCUUCUGAACCCUCCCCUCUCCCUGUGCAGCCUGCAACCUACUCUGACACU